AUGACGAAGAAUCCUCCUCCGUCGCAGCAAACACCUCACUCGCCGCGUCGGAUUUCCAACCGCUCCCGUGUUCUCAUCGUCGGGAAUUAUUGCCACGACGUUCUCAUCCAAAACGGAUCCGUCGUGGCUGAAACCCUCGGCGGCGCCGCCUCUUUCAUCUCUAAUGUCCUUGAUUCUUCCUCCGUCUCCUGCGAUUUAGUCUCCAAAGUCGGUCACGACUUCAGAUACGAGGUUUCCCAUGCCCCGAUCGUGGUUACGGAGAAGGAAACCACGGUUUUCGAGGCGUAUUUUGAUCUGGGAAUCGACGGGAUCGGUAACGCUGAUCGGGUAUUGAAACGGGUUUCUGCAUGUGAUCCGAUUUUACCUUCGGAUAUCCCCGAUUCGAGAUUCGAUUUCGGUAUGGCUGUUGGAGUCGGCGGCGAGAUUCUACCGGAGACGCUCGAGAAGAUGGUGGAGACCUGCGGCGUAGUUGCUGUGGAUAUUCAAGCUUUGAUUAGGGUUUUUGAUCCUGUUGAUGGAGCCGUGAAGCUCGUGAAUCUAAAAGAGAGUGGGUUUCAUCAUAUCUUGCAUAGAAUCGGAUUCUUGAAAGCUUCAUCAGACGAAGCUCUUUUCAUGGAUGUUGAACAAAUGAAGCAAUUGUGUUGUGUGGUGGUGACUAAUGGUGAGAAAGGUUGUAGGAUUUAUCAUAAGGAUGAGGAAACGGUGAUACCUCCGUUCACGGCGAAGCAGGUGGAUCCUACCGGAGCUGGAGACAGUUUCCUCGGAGGAUUGGUGGCUGGGCUUGUAGAAGGUUUGGCUGUUCCUGAUGCUGCAUUGUUAGGGAACCUCUUUGGUUCCAUCACUGUUGAGCAUAUUGGUCAGCCUAAAACUGGUGGUAGUGCUCUAAACAGAUUGAGGGUUAAGGAUGAGGUACAGAGAAGGAAGAAGCAAUGUAAUCUCUCAAGCACCCAUAACAGCGACCACAACGAUUUCCAUGCGCGUCUAACUCCAGCUCGGUUCCCGUGCUAUUCCUCCGCGGACUCACCACUUCAACCAGAUUUAUUGGUCAAUGGACACUCUGUGUGA